CGAAGCUGCGCGGCACCGGUUUCCAGCCGGGCUCAUUUCCCAGCCGGGCUCCAGCAUGGCUGCGCCCAGGGCUGCGGGGUGGGGAGACGUCGCGUUCUUGUUUUCCUGACAGCCCCUGGCUUCUGUGCUCUACCUCUCUUCCUCAGGCCACUCCAGCAGACAUGUUUGCCAAGGCCUUUCGGGUCAAGUCCAACACGGCCAUCAAGGGGUCGGACAGGAGAAAGCUUCGGGCUGAUGUGACAGCUGCUUUCUCCACUCUUGGAACUGAUCAGGUCUCUGAGUUAGUACCUGGAAAGGAAGAGCUCAACAUUGUGAAGUUGUAUGCUCACAGAGGGGAUGCAGUGACUGUGUACGUGAGUGGUGGUAAUCCCAUCCUAUUUGAACUGGAGAAAAAUCUAUAUCCAACAGUGUACACUCUGUGGUCAUAUCCUGAUCUUCUACCAACGUUCACAACAUGGCCUCUGGUGCUCGAAAAACUGGUGGGGGGAGCAGAUUUGAUGUUACCAGGACUAGUGGUGCCACCUGCUGGUCUGCCUCAGGUACAGAAGGGUGACCUCUGUGCCAUUGUCUUGGUGGGAAACAGAGCCCCUGUUGCCAUCGGAGUUGCUGCCAUGUCUACAUCUGAGAUGCUGACUUCAGGCCUGAAGGGAAGGGGCUUCUCUGUGCUCCACACCUACCAGGACUACUUGUGGCGAUCUGGAGACAAGUCCUCCCCACCUUUCAUUGCCCCACUGGCCCCGGAUCCCCCAGAUCUCAGUGAAGAGAAGGGGUCUGUCCAGGCAGAUCCCACGCUGCAGAGAGACAUGAGGCACCUGACCCUGGAGGGAGAGGAGGAGGAGAAUGGGGAGGGUCAGCAGAUGUGUGGGGAGAAGACCCUACCAGAAGCCUCAGAAGACCCUAGCAUCGGGAGCCUGAACCCCGACCCUACAGACAGCAAGACCCUUCAAGAGCAAAUGGAUGAGCUGUUACAGCGAUGCUUCUUGCAUGCCUUGAAGUGCCGAGUCAAAAAGGCUGACCUCCCUUUGCUCACCAGCACGUUCCUCGGCAGCCACGUGUUCUCCUGCUGCCCUGAAGGACGGCAACUGGACAUAAAGAAGUCAAGCUACAGAAAGCUCUCUAAGUUCCUGCAGCAAAUGCAGCAGGAGCAGAUUAUACAGGUGAAGGAGCUGAGCAAAGGGGUGGAGAGCAUUGUGGCUGUGGACUGGAAACACCCGAGGAUCACAUCUUUCGUCAUACCCGAGCCCUCCCCGACCUCCCAGACUAUCCAGGAGGGUAGCAGGGAACAGCCCUAUCACCCUCCAGAUAUAAAACCCCUCUACUGUGUCCCAGCCAGCAUGACCCUGCUCUUCCAGGAGUCUGGCCACAAGAAGGGGAGCGUUCUUGACGGCAGUGAGGUCCGGAUGAUCAUCAUCAACUACGCCAAGAAAAAUGACCUGGUCGAUGCAGACAACAAAAAUCUCGUGAAGUUGGAUCCGAUCCUGUGUGAUUGCAUCUUAGAGAAAAGUGAACAGCACACAGUCGUGAAGCUUCCAUGGGACAGUCUUCUGACCAGAUGUUUGGAAAAAUUGCAGCCUGCCUAUCAAGUGACCUUUCCUGGACAAGAGCCCAUUGUGAAGAAAGGCAAAGUCUGCCCAAUUGACAUCACUCUAGCACAGAGAGCUUCUAAUAAAAAGGUGACUGUGGUCCGGAAUUUGGAGGCCUAUGGUCUGGACCCAUGCACAGUGGCUGCCACCCUGCAGCAGCGAUGCCAGGCUAGCACCACUGUCACUCCUGCCCCCGGGGCCAAGGACAGCCUGCAGGUCCAGAUCCAGGGAAACCAGAUCCACCACCUCGGCCGGCUGCUGCUUGAAGAAUAUCAGCUUCCUCGAAAACACAUCCAAGGCCUAGAAAAGGCCCCCAAACCUGGCAAGAAGAAGUGACAGACUCUUUUCAUGCGGUUGCUCCGGUGGGAACCCAAGCUCUGGCUGGUCAUUUAUAGAGCAUUUUCAGCUUUUGCAAAUAAAAAUAUAUAUAAUUCUUUACCAGAAUAAAUUUUUAUUCUAAUCUAAA